UAUAAUAGAAAAACAAUUCUGAUUUCAGAUUUUCCGAACAAUUUUAAUUAUAAUUUAAUAAUAGGUGCAAUACCUAUUAUAAUUAUUAUUUUUGUCCAAAUCAAAAACGAAAUGAUUAGGACAAUGGGAAUUGUCAUGUAGUCUUUAAAUUUGAUAUAUGAAACAAAUGCAUAGUAGUAUGUUAGAACAAAUUAUUAGACUAUUAAUUGAUUACAAUAUAUACCUACAAUGGUUAUAAUAUGAAAUUAUAGUUUAUGUGUAAAAAUGAACAAUAUUUUAAAAAAUUAUCUUUGUAUUAUUUACAUUAUCUUAAAUUAUAGUUGCAAUUUUUUUUGUUUAGUUGUUAACGUUAAAGAUCAGGAUGGCGGUGUUAUAAAAGAAAUAAUAUAUGCAAAUAUAACAGAUGAUACAAUUACAGUAGAAUUAAAACUACCUGACUCUACAUUAAUCACACAACAUAUUGAUUUCACAAAGGAAAUUCAAAUAGUACAAGUGUUGUUGCUUGGAGAAGAAGAACGUGGUCAAAAGCCAUAUCAAAUACUUUGUUUUGUCAACCAUGUACAUGCAAAUGAAUUCAUCUCACCAGAUGCGAUGUCAAAACUCAGACAAAAAAAUCCUGGUACAAUUCGAGUUGCAGAAGAAAAUAAGGGUGUAUUCAAUAUUACAAUAGAUAUGAAAAUUAAAUUAAAAGAUAGUAAUUAUAUAUCACAGCAUGUUGGAUUAUUAUGUUCUGAAGCACAAGAUACAACAUUUACUAGCAAAGUUGACAUUGAUAAAUGGGCUACUGUACCAGGCAUGUACUUGGGAAAUUUGUUACAAGCUGUUGAAUAUAUUAACUAUAAAUCACCAAACUCUAAUUUGAAAUUAUGUCGAGAUACAGGUAAAGUCUGGUCACACUGUUUAUGUACAAUGAAAGUAACCAUUCCUUGGUACCCUUGUGCGUUAAAAUUCUGUAAAGAUCAUAUUGGUAAAAAAUCAACAGCAGUUGAUAGUUAUCGAUGUGGUAUACAGACUUGUGGUAAAAUUAUGAAUUUUAUGUACAGUGUUAAACACAAGCAACAUUGUUUGACAAUUGAAUAACAUGUAUCAUUAUUGUUAUGUAAAUAUAAGAUAAAUUAAACUAUUCUGCUGUAUAUAAGUAAAUAAAUAUAUGAAUCCAGUUUUUAUUUAAAUUUUUUUAUAAUUAAUAAUAACUAACAUUUAUUCAAAAACAAUCUUCCUCAUUUAAAUUAGAAAUAUAUAUUUUAAUAAAAAUUCCAACACCACAAUUAUUAAUAUUACCAUCAAGAUGUAAAAAAGACAAGAAUCUAGUAAGAAAAUCAAGGAAGAAGUAAAAUGAUACCAAAGCCAGCCACGUGACUAUAGUAAAGAUCAUUCUAGAUGUCAGUAUUUAAAAAGAAAAGAAUACAUCCUGUGAACCCUAGAUGUAAAUGUCUAGUAUCCAUAUUGUUUAUGUAUACUUCCAUGCAUCAAGCUCGUCAACCCAAGUUGUAGAUUUUCAAAAUUCAGCACACUAAGUUUGCAUGUACACAUGGCAAAAACAGAAACUUUUUUAAAUCAUUCAUUUAAAAUGUAAUUAUAUGUAGGUAUGUAAAAACAAAUGCAUUUAAUCAAGUUGAAAUACUGAAUUCUUAUUAUACUUAAAUAAAAAAAUAAUUGUUUAUAAUAAUGUAAAUACUGCUAUUUUUAAAGUUGUUAUCAUAAACAAAUGCGUUCAAAUAAUAAAUUAUAAAAACUAAAA